AUGUUUACACGUUUACUGAGACCAGGAUUACAAAAUAGUGCAAGGCUUACUACAAAAAGAUUAUAUCAUCCUAAAGUGAUCGAUCAUUAUACAAAUCCUAGAAAUGUUGGUUCCCUCGAUAAGAAACUGCCAAACGUUGGUACGGGGCUUGUGGGUGCACCAGCUUGCGGAGAUGUGAUGAAAUUACAAAUACAAGUCGAUGACUCUGGUGUUAUUGAAAAUGUUAAAUUCAAGACUUUUGGUUGUGGUUCCGCAAUUGCUUCAUCUUCGUAUAUGACAGAACUAGUGCGAGGCAAGACUUUAGAAGAUGCAGCUCGUAUCAAAAACACAGAAAUUGCCAAGGAAUUAAGUCUUCCACCGGUGAAACUGCAUUGUUCGAUGCUUGCCGAAGAUGCCAUCAAGGCGGCUAUUAAAGAUUACCAGACUAAACGUAAGUCAACUGUGCUGCAUUGA